CCAAAAGACUGAAAAACCAGACCCUCCAGCCAAUCCGUUGUUUUCUCUUUUUGACCAAGUAUCACCCAAGUUUAACGAAGAAAUAAAAAACUGAAGCUUCAUUUUCCUUCCGACUUCCCUCGCUGUGAAUGGUACAGUAAAACAACCCAAGUUGGGAAAAGGUUCCAAAAGGAAUAACCGAGUCCGUACGAUCCCUUCUCUUCUCUGCGUCAAAAACCACAUAAAUAUUCAACGAGGGCGGAACCAGGUUUUCCACCCUCUUCCUCCUGCUAUAUAAAGCCAUUUUCACGAAAGCCAAGCUCGCUCGUCCAGUUUUCAUUUUUGUAGUCAAAACAGUGCCUUUCUCCUAUAAAUAUGGGGCUUUCUUAUUUUUCUUUCCCUUCCAAGCACCCUUCUCCAUGUCUCGUUGAAUGGAUUCCCUUCUCGCCCCUUCCUCCACGUCGUCUUUCCCUUCUUUGAACAACAAUAGCAACAGUAGGAUUAAGCACAACUCGCUGCCAUCCAGUUUGGGUUUCUUUAAUUUGAGAAAGUUCAGUACGGUUAGUUUCGGUUAUAGUCGCCGUUCUUGUCGUUUAAGGUUGAGUAGUUCCCGUCGUUCGAAGAUCAAGUCUUCGACAUCUCCGACGAUGUCUUCCUCCGCUUCGCCUGAGAUCCCACAGCCUAAGAUCGUCAACGGUCCAGGUGGUUAUGUUCUUGAAGAUGUCCCUCACUUAUCGGAUUACAUCCCUGAUCUUCCUGUUUAUUCGAAUCCGUUGCAAGACAAUCCUGCAUACUCAGUUGUUAAGCAAUAUUUUGUCCAUGUAGAUGACACCGUUCCUCAAAAGAUUGUUGUUCACAAGAAUAGUCCAAGAGGAGUACAUUUCCGACGAGCUGGACCACGUCAAAAGAUAUAUUUCGACUCCGAUGACGUUCAUGCCUGUAUUGUAACGUGUGGUGGUCUUUGCCCUGGACUCAACACCGUGAUUAGAGAGAUAGUAUGCGGCUUGUUCCACAUGUAUGGUGUGAAGAAAGUUUCGGGGAUAGAUGGAGGAUAUCGGGGUUUUUAUGCUAAAAAUACUGUGCAUUUAGAUCCUAAGGUUGUCAAUGAUAUCCAUAAACGUGGUGGAACUAUCCUUGGAACAUCACGAGGUGGCCAUGAUACCUCAAAGAUUGUUGACAGCAUUCAGGAUCGUGGAAUUAAUCAGGUUUACAUUAUUGGUGGAGAUGGAACUCAGAGAGGUGCAUCUGUUAUAUUUGAGGAAAUUAGAAGGCGUGGUCUCAAAGUUUCAGUUGCUGGAAUCCCUAAAACCAUUGACAAUGAUAUCCCGGUUAUUGACAGGUCCUUUGGCUUUGACACUGCUGUUGAGGAGGCUCAGCGUGCCAUUAAUGCUGCUCAUGUUGAGGCUGAAAGUUUUGAGAAUGGCAUUGGUCUUGUGAAGUUGAUGGGUCGCUACAGUGGUUUUAUUGCAAUGUAUGCUACUCUUGCAAGCCGAGAUGUGGAUUGUUGCUUGAUACCAGAGUCUCCCUUUUAUCUUGAAGGACCUGGAGGACUUUUUGAAUACAUUGAGAGGCGACUUAAAGAAAAUGGGCAUAUGGUUCUUGUGAUAGCAGAGGGUGCAGGACAGGAGCUGCUUUCUGAGAGCUUGCAAUCAAUGACACAGAAAGAUGCUUCAGGAAACAGGCUUCUGCAGGAUGUUGCUUUAUGGAUAUCACAGAGGAUCAAGGACCACUUCUCAAAAGAAAGGAAGAUGACAAUAAACCUCAAAUAUAUAGAUCCUACUUAUAUGAUCCGUGCUAUUCCAAGCAAUGCAUCUGACAAUGUUUACUGCACACUUCUUGCUCAAAGUGCUGUGCAUGGAGCAAUGGCUGGGUACACCGGCUUCACAAGCGGUCUUGUGAAUGGCAGGCAGACAUACAUACCAUUCUAUCGGAUUACCGAGACACAGAACAAGGUAGUGAUAACAGAUAGGAUGUGGGCAAGGCUCCUGUCUUCGACGAAUCAACCAAGCUUUUUGUGCCCCAAAGAGAUCCUUGAAGACCAGGGCCAUGAAGAAUCCUCAAACGAAUUGUUGGAUAAUGGAAAGUGUAGCCCCAAUUGAGGUCAUGCAAAUGUGUACCGCAUAGUUACAAUAGUCAUCCAGGCAGCUGCCUAGUGUUCUUCCAUAAGGUCCUCAAUAAUUCUGUUGUAUGCCAUUGGGCAUGUUGAUUUUUGGGUUUUAAACUUGAGUUUUAAUUUAUUUAUUUUUGGGUUUCUGGCAGAAAUUAUGCUCCAAUGCUUUAUUGGAUUCUAUUUUAUUUUAUAUUAAGAAUGCUUAGUUUGCUUGCUAAUGGAAAAGUUACAUAUGCUAAUAAAUAUUAGCACUUGACGUUGUCAUGCUUCUCUGUUGUAUUUCAGCUUGAUAUAAAACAUUUUGUGGCGAUUGAAUAAAAUUAUCUAGUCUUCUUUUAUUUGUUAAA